AUGGAGACCAAAGUGCUGGAGACCAUGCCUCCCGAGGGCAUCGCGCGCAUCGCCGACACUUUGCAGAAGCGGACCUACCAGCCCAGGGAGGACAUCAUUCGCCAGCACGAGGAGGGCAAGGAGUUCUUCAUCAUGCUUUCGGGCGUGGCGCGCGUCUGGGUCCGCACGGGCAACGACGAACAGGAGUACAAGCGCUACAAGGCCGGAGACCUCUUCGGGGAGCUCGCGCUGCUGAAGAACGCGCCACGGGCAGCGUUCGUGUCCGCCGUCACGAGCGUGGAGGUUCUGGCCUUGACCCGCAAGCAGUUCGAGAGGCUUUUUGGCCCCAUGACCGACCUGCAGCAGCAGCAGUACCUGACAGAUCCACGGAAGCUGAUCGCGGACUUCUACAUGACCGGGGACUCGCGGGGCCGGACGCCAAGCAAGAGAGCACCUGGCACCGUGGCAACGACAAAAGGGCGGAACACGUGGGGCGAACAUGAUGCGGAGACUUCCCCCAUUUUUGUGUCUUCGCUCGGGCCUGCCGUAUACACCGCGCAGGAAUGUGGGAAGGCAUGGGUAAGGUUCGCCGUGUACCGGCCUACCAGCAAGGAUGCCAUCGCCAAGAUGCUCUCCGGCGUGGCGGUGGGGAAAGGCCUGAACGUGAAGGGCAAGUCCGCCAAGAGGGGCGCCGGGAACCGAGUAAUUUGGAACCGACAUGUGCUCUCGGGCUUCGUGCCCUUCAUCCAGAUCUCCGACAACGACCACCGCACCAUCAUCGAGCAGUCUCCACGGGACUCGCGCGUGACCGUCUACUACAAGACAAAGGCCUCGCGGCAAGAGGCGCAGAAGCUUCUGCAGGCGCGCGGACACCCCCUCACGACAGUCCGAAGUGUCAUUGCGAUUGCCAUUGUGCCCAUUCGUAUCGUGAAAAGAUUGAUGGCAAUCAAUGUGGGUGAUGUCGUGUACAUGGACUACGGGGAGGCACCUCAGUGUGUACACUCCAGACUAGUGUUGGCCGAAGUGGAUGCCAGCACGCAUGAGUUCGUGAUCCUUACGCCAGAUCUCGACCAGUACAUAGAGCGGAUGCUGAGCGCCGGCGUCGAGGACUGGGCGCUAUGGAUCCAGCCCCUGCCGCUGGCGGUGCGGCAGACCCAGCAGGCGCAGGAGUCGGAGAUGUGGCAGGACCUCCCGCCGGUGAUGCAGGACUUUGGGUGCUUGCUGAAAUGGCGCUUACGCGAGGACGAGAUCCCAAAGUUCUGUGAGGAACGCAUCGCACUCGCCCGCAGCUCGAUUGCUCUUGAAGGUGACGACUUCGCUGCUGCCGAGGAUGCUCGAACCAUUGAGAUUCGCUAUGGGUUGAAUGGGGAGCGGCUUCGCAACUUCAAGGAGACCAUCAGUGAGUUAGUUGAAGUCGACUUCAACGACUUCCCUUUUGAGCCAAGGACGGCGCUACAGUAUGUCAAGGCGGUGGCCUCCGUCGCCGAGUCAUGCUAUGCUCAACACUUGUCAUGGGUUGCUCAGUCAAAGAUUCCUGAGGGAGACAGGGCCAUCCACGAGGACGAGGUUCUCUCUCGAGUCCUUGAUGCAGCCGUAACCUACGAUGGUCUCAAUGUGGCAAACCUCGCAUCGUUCGAGCUCAUAGUGAGACGCAAGCAGUUACUGGCAGAAGCUCAUUCUUACAAUCCCUCGGCGCCUUCAUAUGAUGGGGCUGACCAUUUCAUGGGCACCACAUUCCGGCCCGGAGGUGGCAUUGUCAUUCCUGUCUUGACGGAGUUUGUCUCGAAGCGAAUGCAGCAAGAGUCCCAGAUCCUGAAGGAGCGCCGAAGGCUUAGUGAAGCCAAGGGCAAGGGGCGAGGUGCUCUGCUGGGCGCAGUUGGGCAGAGCACUCACCUCGUUUUCAACUGCCGGGAUUUUCUCCGCAUUAUGGUUUUCCACAGCAAGAUUUUUCAUGGAGCCCUUGCGGCGCUCCGGGCACCUGCCUCUGGUUACAGCAUUCCAGAGGCGGGGGUGGGAGACGUGGUUGAUAUGCAACUGGGAGCAUUGUCACUUCCGUCGGGCACGGUUGCAGGUGUGGACUUGAGUUCGCAGCUUCCUAAGCCGCUUCGUGAAAUGGUGAACAAUUUCGAGGAUUGGCUUCUUCGAGAUGCGGACUCGUGGGCUCAGGUCAGUCAUUUGGCAUCCUCACUUCGGCCGUAUAACGAUCCCAGCCUGAAUAGACGGUCAGGUUACCUGCAGUUCCUAAAGCAUCUCAGGCAAUGUGGAAUCCUGGGCUUGUCCACUCGUGUUCGGGGGAGGGUCGGUGCUUUUACUGUUGCAAAGAAGGACAAGGUCGUCAAUGGGCAGAAGGUCAAAAGACAAAGACUGGUUCUUGACUGCCGCCAGGUGAACUUGCAGUUCAAGACGCCGCCUCAUGUGGAGCUAGGCUCGCUGUCGGCACUUACUGAGCUGGAGUUGGGGGACAGUCAAUGCUUGUAUACCUCGGGGUCGGACAUACAAGAUUGUUUUUACGCCUGCUUCCUCCCGAAGGGCCUCGAGGAGUUCUUCUGCUUAGCGUCGGACCUCACUCCGGACGAAGCAGCAGAGGUCUUCGGAGGGUAUGCGUACGAAUAUUCACAACGGGAUCGUGUAUCCCCUUGCAUCACAGUCCUCCCGAUGGGGUUUAAUUGGUCAUUCUAUUUGGUACAGAAGCUCCAUGAAGGAGCCAGUCUGGAUGCACUACAAAUACCUCGUAGCCAACUCGUUCUCGACGGUUACCCGGCACCCCCUGUGGCAGGUGAUGCAGUCAUUUCCAUGCCUUACUGUGACAACGUCCAUUGUAUGGGCAGCUCUGCUGAGGCUUGUGGGCAGGGGGAGAUGAAGAUUUGUGAUAGGCUUGUCGAGAUGGGUUUUACGCUUCAUGAACAUGAGCCGCCAUCGUUGGUAUUUCCUACACUUGGGGGAGUGAUUGAUGGGGAGCGCGGAGAGAUUCGCACUACUGCAUCUCGGGCGUGGAACCUGAUUUUCGCUUUUGAGUAUUUGAUCGAAAACGUCGUCACCACUGAUUUGGUACAAAGAUUGCUAGGUCAUGCGAUGGUGGUGUGUGUGCUGAACCGCUGUGGGAUAAGUGUUUUCAGGAGGCUUUACGAUUUCAUCGAAAAGGCGGACUCACCAAGGAGACUCACAAGAGAAGAGGCAAGUGAGUGCAGGGUUUUUGUGGGUCUGAUUCCUUUAUUGGUGGGCGAUCUUCGGAGAGGUUGGUCUCAAACGAUUACGGCUACCGAUGCCUCGCCUGAGGGUUAUGGAGUUUGUGAGCGUGAGUGUGGCGUCGAGGAUGUUCGUAGUGUCGGAAAAUGGAGCGAGAGAUGGCGUUUUCGUCGCCUCCCUCCCGAGGAGUGGCAGCCGCGCCGGCGAGCCACAGGACUCAAUCCUUUCUCCGACAUUUCAACAGGGGGUGCAUCUGGCGAGACAAGUGAUCCUUUGGAAUACGUUUCGAACGAGCUGUUUCCUGAAGUUCCUUUUUCCCUCAUGGAACCUGAGGCCUGGCAUACAGUGCUCAUGGGAAGAUGGCGCGUGGCAAGUGAACACAUCACUCUCAAGGAGGGUCGUGCUCUCGUCUUAGCAGCUAGGCGCUUGGCCAGAAACUCCAACAAUAGACGCAAGAAGCACCUCGUCAUUGUCGAUAACAUGGCCUUGGCUUUUGCUGGGAUUUCCAGCUUCGUGUUCGGUGGGUGCCUAGCGAAUGGAAUGUCGCGGACGGGCCGAGCCGUGGACGCAUCCUCCCGAGUUCUCAAGAUGAGCUGGGGACCUCGAAGCAGCCAGCCAACAUCAGUUCGAAACCUGAAGAUCCCAAUGAAGGCGACUCCAGGGAGCUCAUCGGCAAGUGCGCUGAAAACCGGGAACAAGCCAGUCAAGAAGGCCAUUCAGAAGGAGCGGGUCUUGGUGUCCGCUUCAAAAAUGGCGACUACCAAGAGCGCGCGAGCUUUGGCCGUGAAGCGCGAGAGGCCCAAGAAUCUGGGAAAACUUGCCCAGAAGAACCAGUUGUCCUUCUUAGAGAUGAAGAGUGUUUCAACGGAGGUGGCGGACCAGUACCUGACGUACUUCAAGAAAUUCGAGAGUUUCUGCCGGGAGCAAGGAGUUUCAAAGCUCGCGGCAGGGACGGUCGACGUGUACCUCACGGACUACUUGGACCUCCUCUUCUUCGAGGGGAAGGGGUUGAGCGAGGCGGAGAAAACGGUGGCCGGGGUAGAGUUCUAUUGCCCAGACAGCAAGGGGCGGAUUCCCAGGAGUCGCAGAGCCCUCAAGGGCUGGCGGAAGGAAUCACCGCCGGCCAGUCGUUUGCCACUUCCUUUGUUAGUGGUGUGUGGAAUCAUCAUGGUCCUGUUGAGGAGACGGCUCAGGCAGAUGGCCCUGAUGGUGUUACUUUGUUUCGAUGCGUAUCUCCGCCCAGGAGAGGCAUUCACCCUGAUGAAGAAGGACUACGUGGCACCCGUUCGAGGGGCUGGGAGCCAGUAUGCAAUGCACGCCAUCGUGAUUCGGGACAUCGAGGAUUCUACGCCCGACAAGGUGGGAGUCUUCGACAACACCAUCUUGUUGAACAGCAAGGGUCGGCUGUGGCUGGGGGAGCUCAUCAAGGAGCUUGCCCACAUGCGAAGCAAGAAGGACGAUCUCCUUUUCGACUUCACCCCCCAGAUGUAUCGCGACGCGCUUGCAGCAGCAGGAAAAGAGUUGGGGCUGGAGGGACUUCAUCCCUACCAACUCCGGCACGGAGGGGCGGCAGAGGACCUGAACUCGAAGGAGCGGGACUACAACGCCGUGAAGGCGCGAGGACGGUGGCAGACCGACCAGUCAGUGAGACGAUACGGCAAGAUAGGGAAGAUCCAGAAAAUCCUCAACCAGUUAUCGUCCGGCGAUCUGGCGUACUGUCGAUGGUCACUCCACAAUAUGGAGCAGGUGUUCAAGGGUCGGAUGGUGUUCGCCGGGACGGCUCGUGUGACUACUGCUUUGAUUAACGCCGGACGUGUUGAGCAGGGCAGCCUCCUCACGCUGAAGGCUCAGCCUUAUCCGUAUGCUCUCGCCACAGUGGUGGCAGAUGUGGUGGCCAAGGGGGCUCACAUUUUGAUCAUCGAUUGCGGUGAUCUUGAUCUGAUCUCGAUCUUUACCUCCCGAUGA